GUGCAUUUAGUACAACUGAUUUUGAAUGGAUGAAGGAGGGUGAUAAAAUUGCUUUGGCUAAGCAGCAGGGAAAAGAUUCUCCUGGAUUCUGAGUGUGAGGCUGUGAUGCACAUGGAGAAUGGAGCUGCAUAGUGCUUGGCAGGGUGGGUGCUGCAGAGGGGCAGAACUGCUUUAAUGCCAUGUAUGCCAGGAAAUGUUCUGCAGCCCUGUGUGGGUGAUAGCACAGAGAGACAGGACAGUGAGGGGGUCAACUGCAGCCAGUGCUGCCCCUGGGCCAGCUUUGCAGCUAUUGAUUUGGAACUUGCCCUGUUCACCCUAACCUUGGCAGUGCCAGCUUGACCCUUAUCAGCACUGAUAAACCCCGCCACAACCUCCUGUCCCAUCCUGGUGGUGUCACUCUGUGAGUGCCACACUGGCAGAUCUGUCCUGUGACUCUGUUCUUGCACCAGUUGCUCUCUUGCUGCGAUGCUCUAAAUCCAGGACACCUCUCUUUUAUUUUUACACAGGGGCUGUGGCCACACCAACUCUUUUAACCCUAGGUGGGUGCCUACCCCUUGCUGAGUGUUUUGGGCAAGGAAGGAUGUGGCGCCGGCUGCAAACACUUUUCCAAAGGAAAUUUAAAAUCAGUCUUCUCUUUCUUCUGCUCUUGGCUCUCCUCGUGCACCUGGUGAUGGAUUUUGCUCUCCCUGCAGCUCACAAGCCCUGUAGCUGCAAUACAAAAGCACCAAAAGCCACAGGUGUCCCAUCAGGCAGCCCCAUGCUGUCCGGCCUCAAAAAGCUGAGCCUGCGAAUCCUUCAGGAUUUCAGUGGCAGCAAUAGCUCCUUGGAAAAAAUCUCCCAGCUACAGGGAGCAGGGCUGCACGCAAGGACUGGAGAGCUGUGGGUCCAGCACCAACAAGAAGGCGGCAAUGCGGGACGGACCAAGGAAUCAAAGCUGGCGACACUUUUUGAGCAUCCUCUUUACAACAUUCCAAUCCCAGAGGUGACAGAGAAAGAUAAACUGUUUGUCGUCAACCCCAUGGAGAAAUUCAGCCUGCGCAGCAGCAGGAGUGACGAAUGGGUCAGCAGCAGUAAAGCCGAGACGCUCCUCCCGACAGGGAAGACGGCCUAUGACACCUACCCCACCUGGCUCAAAUUCCAUGUUGGCAUCAACCGCUAUGAGCUGUACCCCCGCUGGGACCCCCUGUUGCCCACACUCCUCCAGGACUUGGCCACACAGAGGAUUAUCAGCUCAGUCCAGAAGUCUGGCGGGACCCAGCUCAAGCUCAUCAUGACGUUCCCAAAUUACGGGCAGGCCCUCUUCAAGCCCAUGAAGCAGACCCGGGACCAGGAGACCCCUGUUGAUUUCUUCUACUUCUCGGACUUUGAGCGGCACAACGCAGAGAUUGCAGCCUUCCACCUUGACAGGAUCCUGGAUUUCCGGCGAAUCCCCCCAGUUUCUGGCCGUUUGGUGAAUAUAACAAAGGAGAUUCGUGACAUCACCACAGACAAGAAACUGGCUAAGACUUUCUUCAUCUCCCCAGCAGGUAACAUCUGCUUCUAUGGGGAGUGCUCCUACUACUGCUCCACCGAGCACGCCCUCUGUGGCAAGCCGGACCAGCUGGAGGGCUCCAUGGCUGCCCUGCUCCCUGACAAGACCUUGGCCAAGCGCCGCUCCUGGCGCAGCCCCUGGCGCCGCUCCUACCACAAGAGCAAGAAAGCUGAGUGGGAGCUGAACCCCAACUACUGCGCUCGGGUGCGAGAGACGCCGCCCUACGACAGGGGCCAUCGCCUCCUUGACCUCAUUGACAUGACGAUCCUCGAUUUCCUUAUGGGCAACAUGGACCGGCACCACUAUGAGACCUUCGAGAAAUUUGGGAAUGACACUUUCCUGCUCCACCUGGACAAUGGCCGCGGCUUUGGCACACACUCGCGUGAUGAACUGUCCAUCCUGGCCCCCCUCCAGCAAUGCUGCAGCAUCAAGAAGUCAACCUACCUGCGUCUGCAGCUGCUGGCCACCCAGCCCUACCGCCUGAGUGACCUGCUGCGGGAGGCGCUGGCCACAGAUCCACUGGCCCCCAUCCUGUCUGAGCCCCACCUGCGGGCGCUGGACCGUCGCCUGGGGAAGGUGCUGGUGGAAGUGGGACACUGCCUGGCCAGGGCAGCCCACCCGGAUGAGGUGCUGGUGGAUGAUGUGGGGUCAUGGGUGUGAUGGGGGGCUGGGUAUCCUGCUGGGUUGGGGUGUGUUUGGGUGCUGCCAAGGAUGAUAUGGGAUCAGCAUGCAGCUCUGACUUUGUGUAGUGUCGGCCUUUUGGCAGUGCCAAAGCUGGUGGUGUGAUGUACCAGGAAAGCAGGUUGUAAGGAUAGCUGGGACAGGGAGAGAUUUUAAAUAAAAAGGUUGGCCUA